AUGGAGACACGUCGCAGCAAGCUGGGUCUGGUCAAGAAGGAGGGCAGCGCGCCGCGACUCGUGGGAGAUAGUACAGUUUCUGGAGCCAACCUCCUGUGCAGAAUUGGAGAGAGGAUAGAAAUGCCGUCACUGCAUGAUGUGGCAGAGUUUCUUUUGCGUUACCCGGAUGAGCAGUGGAUUAGCUUCAUCAUGGACGUCGCCAAGGCCCACAAACGAGUCAAAGUAGCACAGGAGGUUCAAGGUUAUUCAUUGUGUGCCGUCAUUGAUAAGCAUGGGCAUGGGCGCCGGCGUUGGCUGUGCUAUGCUACGUCUGCUACGUGCCAUCUCGGGUGCUCCUGGGCCGCCUAUUGGUGGUCAAGGGCUGCAGCACGCUUUGUUCGACUCGGCCAUCGUCUGCUCCGACACCGGCAUUUUCUUGCCAUGUAUGUGGACGACUUGCUUGGUCUUCUGCGGCGAGGCAAGGCAGGAGCGAUGCCUGUCUGCUUAUCUGCGUCGCUGGGGCCUUUAGGCCUCCCGCCAAGCUUGCGCAAGCUGAGGCUUGGAACCGCACUCAAGUGGGAUUGUGUUGGUUCACCAAUGUGUCACCUGCGUUUAGAUGCUGGUUGCGGGAGUUGCUUUGCGUCCUACACAAGCCCGCAGCGAGCGCUUCAACGCUUGCUUACGUCGUCCGGACAAGUGCAGUCGGCGAUCUCGAGUCCUGCAAUCAGUGCUGGGUGGCAUGUCCUGGAGGUGAAUCACCAAAAGUGGAGCGCAGUUGUCGAUCUUCAGCAGCACGCUGGGACAUCGGGUUCAGCUUGGGUGAAGCUUGGGGAUUCGGACUCCAAGCUUGUCCGUGUCAGUUCGCAGGCUGCGUCUGCUGCUCGUUUCUACUACGAUCUAAUGCGGUUGAGAGUUGCAGUGCAUCUUGUGGAGACGACUGGGCCGCGGCUUGUGGCUGCGGCCGAUGCUUUUGCUGACGGGCGCAAGGCAGGAGUCGGUGGAUGGUGGCUUCGACCUGGUUGCGAGCUUCGUCCAGAAAACAUUUGCUGGUUUUCAUACGCUAUCACUGCAGAGGAGCUGCCAGAAUGGUUUGUGAGCUCGCAGGGUAUGGAGUCCGUCAUCUGUGCUCUUGAAGCCUUGGCGCAACUGAUCCUCUGCGCUCUCAUACUACGACACUGCGACAACACCGCAGUUGUGGGGGCCGUCGCAAAGGGCUCGUCAAUGACUCCGGCACUUGCCGGUGUCCUUCAGGCCACCGCCAAACUAUGUCUUCGGCACGGCAUCGCGCUCAAGAUCUCGCACGUGGACCCUGCAUUGUGGAAGCGACUGGAUGGCAGCAAGCGCAGAUAUCUGGAUUGGUCCCAGCUUCUUUCGUGUAGCAGUGAGAUGGCCCAAGUGCCGGGCCAUCAGAUCGACGAGUGUCGAUUCUCUGGUGCAUUUUGUGUGGGCUUGCGCACAGCGCGCGUGUGCUACCUGAAUGUGAGUGAGUGGCAGAGGCAGGGGUCUGGUCCGCGCGUUGAAUGGCAUUUGGUCAAGGCAGCCAAACACUUUUGGCAGCGGCUGCGCUUUGGUCGGGUGACGACAGGCCCGGAUGUGACUUCGAGCUUCUGUGAGAAGAACAACCUGCAGUGCAUCAUCCGAUCGCACGAGGUGAAGGCCGAUGGAUACAGGUGGGAUCACAAGCAGCUGCUGAGCGUCUUCAGUGCACCGAACUACUUGGACACUGGCAAUAACAAAGGAGCUUUCCUGAAGCUGACCAAGUCCGCAGAUGGCAGCGUGGCCAUAGAUCCUGUCAGCUAUGCGGCGGUCCCCCAUCCUGAUGUGCCGCCCAUGAAAUGGCAGGAUCACAUCACGCAGAAUUAUUCGCAUCUCACCCGGCUGAUGAAGAAGAAGGUUUCAGCUACCGCCUUCGACGAGUUCGGUGACAGCGACUUCGAGGGAUUGAUGAACUUCGAUGAGUGGGAACCCGACGAGGCCGAGCAGUUCCAAGAGGCCUUCAAGGUGGACCAGUAUGGGCGCGACCUCUAA